AUGAUUAAGGGCAUCUUGAUCGUCAAUAAUCACGGCAAGCCACGCAUUGUCAAGUUCUACGAGCACGUGCCCGAUGCAGAGCAGCAGGCUGUGAUUCGAGACAUUUACGCGCAAGUGUCCAAGCGGCCCGACACGCUGUGUAACUUUCUGGAGGGCACCGUGCGGUAUUGGGGCGACGGCGUGAAGCUCAUUUACCGGCACUAUGCGACGCUGUACUUUGUCUUUGCGGUCGACAAACAGGAGAGCGAUCUGGGGAUACUGGAUCUGAUUCAAGUGUUUGUGGAGACGCUCGACAAGAUCUUUGAAAACGUGUGCGAGCUCGAUCUGAUCUUCCACAGCGACAAGAUCCACUAUGCGCUGGACGAGAUCGUCAUGGGCGGAAUGGUACUGGAGACCAACAUCAACGAGGUCCUGACGGCGGUGAACGAGAUGAACCGCCUGGACAGCCUCUCGUCCAGACGUUCACUGACUCAAGCCGCCAUCAAGAAAUGA